AUGCAGCUCAGCCCGUUGCAAUCGCGGCUCGUGGCCUCUCUCGCCGCCUCGAUCUUCCUCCUCAUCCUCUACCUUCUCCUGGUCUCGCCGCGGUUAGCCUUUGCCGCCGAGAUUCCACUAGAUUCCUACCAACCGAUUGUUGCGGCACGAGACAUCGACAAUGCCCUACAAGACGCGCUUUACGAGCCGGAGUUCGAACUCUUCGACAGAAGCUUACUCGGACGAGCGCCGCCGGGCGUGGAGACUCUUCACCUUGACCAACCCAGGGCAUUGAACCUCGAGCCCGGCACGACCGCGUGCUACAUGGUGGAAAAGGCCGUGCUGCAGGGGAAUGCCGCCUCUGGAAACACUCCGCGAGAGGAGAUGAAGAGGGAAGCUUUGCCGGACGAUGACACCGGCAGCGACUCGUCGACGCCAUCUGGCAAGCCGACCGGGAUGCUUUACCUGUCUGCGAAUACUUGCCGACAGCCGCGCGCGGCCGGCUCUAAAGCCAACGCACCCGCCCCGCAACUCAUUAUAUCCGUCUCCAACUCGACUCUGGCAGGCUGCCCGAAAGCCUCGAAACCUCUAAGGGAUGACAGAGAUAAGGUGUUCGAGGAAGGCGCAGUCACGUACAGCGUGAACGCGACCGGGGACAUCUACAUCGGGAUCACGGCGCCAAACGUGUCGACAGACUUCCAAGGAGUGUACAAUUAUGAGGUUGCCGCAUCGCUUGAGGAUUACUUUCAUCGAUACGACGACCAAGGGAAUUCAGAGCUCUUGUGGAUGGACAGCGAUUCAUCGUCGGCGCUACUAGUGACCAGGCCCCUGUCGCAGAGCAAAGGAGACAUUACUCGAAUUAUGAGCCAGGAGCCUCCGUACGAGCUCUUCGUCAGCAACAAGAACUGGACAGACAUGAACGGCAUGAUGCAUUCUGCUUGCGGCCUGCAACGGAGCGCCCAAAUCAUGGCUAACAGCGCAAGCAACAACAAUCUAAACAGUCCUGUGAAGACUGCAAUGACUCUCAGAGGCCCUGGCGGCUUCCCAAAGCAGCAGUUCUACUUUGUGGCCCUCAACGAGAGCACGACCUAUACCGGCAUUCUAGUCAAGAAAGCCAACGUCACCGCGCACGAGAAGAGACAAGCCGGGAGCACCGCCGGGCCCGGAAGCGUUGUAUUUCGGGCCACAGAGUUCAACACAAUGUCCGGAACAAAUUGUCAGGUCGUCACGGAUCUCGAGUUCUGUGAUGAGAUUCAGUACGCAGUUCCGGGCAACAGCAAAAAGUUCAACAAUACAGCUCUGGCAAAGGCGUACGAUGAUUAUGCCAAGUCCAUGUACGCCAAUUUUGAGAAAGUGAUGAUGCAGAUCCCCUGCGAGGCCGGGCGGACGUCGCGCUAUUCGCUAGCCAAGACGUGCGACGACUGCAGGACUGCCUACAAGCGAUGGCUUUGCAGCGUGAGCAUACCGCGGUGCGAGGACUUCGGGAGCGGCAACGCCUUUUCGCUCGUGCGGAACGCGGGACAGGCGUUUCCCAACGGCACAAAGCUACCCGACGACGUACGGAGCGCCUUCGAAACACAGCCGUAUUCGAUGGUGUCCCGAAAUGUCUUUAUCGACGAGAAGAUCGAGCCGGGCCCAUACAAGGAAAUGCUCCCUUGCGAAGACAUUUGCUACAAUGUGGUUCAGAGCUGCCCGGCCAAGAUGGCGUUCCGAUGCCCGCAGCCGAAACUCGUCGCUUUCAACUACAGCUACGGGCAGCGAGAUGCCAACGGGUCGACGAUUGCAUGCAACUAUCCCGGCGAAGCGCGAACCCCGAUGAGCGCAGCGAUGAGGACUGUACCGAACCUGAUGCUGGCCACCGUUGCCAUUCUCGCAGUCGUGUUUGGCUGA